UCUCUCGUCGUAAUCAUCAUCACCACCAUCUAAGGCGGCCGUUAGCUCCUUCCAUAAGUGUAUUUCAGUCGAGUAAGAGUGCUCUUUGGUGACAGGGGUGCUUUGCUGUUCGGGUGUGUUUCGGUCACACUGACUUUGGGUGCUCAAUCUCGUUUAUCUCGCCCUUUGGGACGACUGUAUUCCAAAGAAUCUCUCACAAAGUAGUGUCGGUGAUCUUAGUGUGGACAGGAGUUAAAAAUGGACUUGUUUUGUGAGACUAUGGACCGAGAUCUGAAAAUGUGACCAGAUACGCAGAGCGCCUCUCUUGACAAUCAUCACCCUUCGUAAUUGAGUGUGGUGGGUCGGUGUUCUCUUUUUCUGACUUUUCUUGGAAGCCUCGCCUUCUCAAUCCUCAUGGUGGCGAGAUUGUCGAAAGAAAACAAACCAGAAAGAUCUGUUUGGAAAUCACACGAGAAACAGGGCCCAUUCUUGAGGGGAGUCAAACCAACGAAAUCCCCUCUUUCAACAUCCAUCCACAUCGAAAUACCAUUGAGCCGCCAACCGAGAAGACACGAUAUAGAGAGGAAGCCAGUGGAAGAAGACCUUAGUAGCACUGAGAGCGAUCAUGAUACCAAGGCCUUCUAUUCCCGACGACAGAAUGGCCAAGUUUGCGUUCUCGUUGUCCAAAGUCAAUUGGGCCAUUAUUCUGCUUGUUCAAUGUCUGGUCCAUUCCAUAUGCUCAUCCCAAGCUCCGCCAGUCUCCCUCAUCAAAGAAGACAUUCCAAAGAAUGGCUUACUUCGAUUCGACGGCGAGGUUAACAUUGGUGUUCUGGUCAAUCUUCACCAUCCAUCUUCCUCCUUGUUAAAUUCCAAUCUGGAGGCCGCCAAUUCCGUGUCCAAUGAGCCCAGCUACUCGUCUUCAUCAGUGUCUAAUUGCGGUUUGAUCAACGUGGAUGCCGUCCAGAAGGUGUUGGCUGCCAAAUGGGCCGUGGACGUGAUCAACAAUCAGUCCUUGCCUCAUGAACUCAAAAUAGGCCUUCAGUUACAUGACACUUGCAGUGAAGAGGAACUGAUUCAAAAUCACCUUUACCACGUGAUUGCAUCAACCCGAGAUCCCGCCUCUCCCAUCAUGGCCAACUCCAAGAUUCUGCCACCGAUAUUAGGUAUGAUUGGUGUCGGAGGAGACUCGCUUCCCGCUAGUAGUGGUGCCCUUCACGCCUUCAACAUUCCCUUGAUAUCUGCAUCGCCCAAUCAUGCGGAUUCCUUGCUCCACGAGGGAUCAACACUUGAGGACAAUGUGCUCACGACGGCGCCUGAUAUGUCAGGACAGGCAAGGGCCUUAGCAAGCAUUGCCAAUGAGCUGAAUGUACAAACGAUCUCGGUAAUCUCGUCUAGCCAUCGGAUUAUCCAAACCUUUUUAUCCGAGGCCACGGCUUUGGGAAUCAGUGUGCCCAAAAUAUUGGAGCUUAGUCAUCGACAGGUUGAUAUCCCUGAACAAGUGGAACAAUUUAUCCAACACAUGCAUCAGGGGUCGCCUGCCAUUGCCCUCAUCGUUGAUGCUCACGAAGCCAUUGCAAUCGCCGAACAUUUGAAACAUGUCAACCUGAAUGCCAAACCACUCUGGUUAAUCGGUUCCCUUGGUCUGGACCUUAAGAAGUUAACGGGUUGGCGAAGAGUGUUUCAGGGAGGGGUAUUUGUGGAGCCUCAUAUGCCUGAACUCAAGGAGUUUAAACAGUACUUCAUGAAUGCACUGCAGGACUCCUCACACACAAUGCGAGAUCUAAUCCAAGAAUACAAAGAAGAAAUGUUUGGCUGUACCCGGCAACCGUCACCAAUGGCUGGCCAGUUUCUCGUCCCCUGCGAUCAAAUUCCUCAGCAUGAGAUCGAACUCAGAUUCGUCCAAGACCCUCAUGUGUCUUUCGUUGUGAAGGCUGUGUCAGCCUUGACGGCGGCCUUUCGUCUUGUACAACUGGAUCAUUGCUCCGGGAAUGUGAAGGCCUCUUGUUUAAGAGAAGUUCAUGAAAAUCUCCACAUGGAUAUCUUGGGCAACAUUAAGAAGUUGAGCUUUAACAUGAUGGCUAAAGGCACGCCCCUCGAGGUUGAGGGCACUCAACACCACUUCACACGGAAUGGCAAGCUCAUUACCAACAAGCAAAUUCUUUACAUUAUUGAUGUCCACAAUGGAUUGGAAACCAUUGGAUGGUACUCCGAAGAUGAAGGUCUCCACAUGAGCACUGCUUUGCAUUUCAAGUCAUCAACCACCGAAUUACCUUAUACAUCUCCCUUGGUUAAUGACGAUCGGUCGCAUUUUGCUCGCUCCAUUGAGAAUAACGAAUACAGUUCUGGAAACUCGGGCACCAAGGCCCCAGUAACAGUGUCCACCCGCACUUUGGAGACACUGCCCAUCUUCUCCUAUCAAUCAUUCAUCAGCCGGACUUGGACUCUGGUAGUCCUGGCCGUGGCCAUUUUUGGAACCGUGGUGGCCCUGUUCAUGGUGGUGUACGUGUUUCAAAAGAUGUGCGACGGUACCCUGAAUGGGAACCAGACCAUGGGCGUUCUCCUACUUUUCGGUGUAAUGGGAUUGUUUGCCAGUGUGAUCCCUUGGCUAUUGCCACCCAAUGAGCACAUUUGUGCCGUUCGGCACUUCAUGCAUCCCUUGUUGUUGACCUUGUGCUUUGCCAUUCUUUUGGUAAAAGCCAUGCAACUACGCUCAUUGGUGACCAUCGGCCUUGGUGGAACCAUUCCCCAGGUCAAUCAACUGGUGUCCUUGUUCUUCAUGAUUGUGGUGCAAGUUGUGAUCCAGGUAGAAUGGUAUGCCACGAACAACCCCAUUGGUGUCUUGAUGACAGAUGGCUAUCCGGAGUGUGCCGUCAGUAAGUCCCGAUUUCUACUGCUCCAUGUCUAUCCCACGGCCUUAUUGCUCCUGUCGUUUUUCUACGGUAUAUCGGUCCUCAAAGUGAAGCGAAAUUUCAACGAAGGUCGGUGGAUCACUUGUGCUUCCAUCUUCAUCAUUCCCAUCUUUGCCGCUUGGCCCUUGGUGUAUUACUUUGCCCCAGUCCAAUUUCACGACCCGUCUGUCUCUGUAUCCGUAUUGGCAGUGGGUGGAAUCUUAAUGGCGGCCAUUUUCUUCCCCAAAAUGCACACCAUUGCUCACCAAAAGAAGCUCAAGAGCUCUGAUUUGAGCCGGACUCACUCGGACGCCACAGUUUACACCGGUUUCUCCGACUACCUGCCGUUUGUGGCCCCUAGCACUGGAUCUCCUCACAAGGGGCAUCAUCCCGGAUUAUACCCCGUGUACGGCUACACGACCAACCAAUAUGUGACUCCUAUGGCAUCGUCCGCUGCUUCCACCAUGCAAAAGCGCAGUAAGAAAAGUCCUCAAAAGUACGCCACCGGACCCUUCAAUUAUGUCCCUACUUCCAAUGCUCCUCACGUGAAGUCAUACGCAGACUGGAGCCGCGACUUCAACCCCGCUAUGGCCACAGGCUCGCACCACCCCCGGAUGCAAAGCAACGACAACCUUAUCAUCCGACAAUCCGUUGGUGCUAACGAACAUACUGUCUACAGUCUUCCUCGGUCUCGACCCAUGCAUCGGGACUCGCGGAGUCAGAGCUCUCAGCAGCCGUUAAGCGUAUCACAAGCUCAUCUACAACGGUCAUCUCAUCAUCUCGAGGAGGACAAUCAGUUCAACGUUUAUUCACAAGACCAGGUGACACCCGCUUCGCAAAAACUCGUUAAGGCUAGCAAGAAGAAGAGGACUCGACAUAAUUCCGCCAAUUCCGCCACAUCCUCGCACCACUACUACCAUUUGAAGCACCCAGAGCCUGUGUCUCCCAGGGGUCGUCACAAGUCCCCUCCUACCCCGACAAACCUCAUAUCGCGACGUCGUUCGCGAUCACACUCAUCAGCCUCAAGGUUUGUAGACUACCCGUCGACUGUCACAAACAUCGCCUUGUAUCGUCAACGCCACAGUCAUAGCCCUUCGGAUGGGAUGAUCCUGACCGCCGAGGGCUUGGUCACCCCAGACCCAGGUCAUCGAGGCUCCUCUCAACGAGCCAGCCCGGAAAAGGGCUUCCAAGUGUCGGAGGUCUACUUGACCCACUGACUUCAAAACUAGGUAAUUUAUCCCUCCCAAUACAACGUUGCCAUUCGGCCUUGGCCCGGGCCUCUCUCUUUCUCUCGCCCUGAGAAGGCUUUCCAAGCCCACCCAGUCAUAGUCCAAUUGUUCUGCUAAGGAAAGCUUUUGUUGCACGCGCUCAUGUGAUAUGCCAUUCAACUCCAGUACUCAGACGUUCGUUCAUCUCAAGACGGCGGCGAAUGGAUGACCGUCCACAAAUCUGCUAAUGCAUGGUUCUCGAACCAUGACAACUCGCUCGCCCUCGAAACUAGGAAUUAUUUAUUACCCGAUUUAGCUGAGCUUGGUCCAUCGUUGAAGAAGCAUAAUGUCAGCUGCUCGCUCGUAUUAAGAUUACCAUCAACAUUAUUAUUCGUAUUUGUAUUACAGCUCAACUUAUUUGAUGCCAUACUAUGUAAAUGGUGCAUUCAUUCAGAAUAUUUAUAAAUGAUUAUCCUUGUUAUUAUUACUUCUAAAUCGACAUCAAUAUGCGGAUCACUGUACCCCUUGCCACCACAAUCAAAGUGUCAAUUAUUCGUGAAGAAGGAGAAACUUGGCUUUGUGUAAAUUGUUAUUGCGAAAUAUAGUAUCCUCCUACAACCUAAA